UCAUGAAGACUCUCUGCUUCUCUCUGGGACUGCUGCUGCUUGCAGCCUGCUGCUGUGAUGCCAUCCCGAAAGGCGUAAAGUUCAGCACAGCUCCUGGAACCUGCUGCUUCAACUUUAAAAUAAAUGCAAUACCGGUGAAGUUGGUGUCCUUCAUCACCCAGACGCACAGCUCCUGUCCCAAGAAGGCGUACAUAGUCCACACUGUCAGAGGAAAAAAGAUCUGCUACACUCAGAGCUUCCAGUGGGCUCAGGACAUGUAUCGGCUCCACAACACUGAAGGCAGCAGCUAGCCGCCACCAAGAUCGUCAGCUAUCAGCUUUAGUUAAUAAUUGACUGCUUUUUUAAGGCCUUAUGGCUUCGCUUUGUAUUUGUAUUUUCAUAAAACUGGCUUAAAAAUAAACAAAAAAUUUAUGCAAGUUCUCUGAAAAGACUGUUAGAC